AUGGACGCGUUCAUUCGUCAAGUUCCUCAUGACAACACAGAACUAAACAAUCAAUGGCCGGCUAUAUUCGAUCGAUUGAAUAAAUUAUCACGGGAUAUUCCUGAAAAUAAUGGGUCGUCAUGCAAAAUAAAGUGUCUCGACGCUCUUGUUGACUACGUUCUCGCUGAUGAUGAAGAAUUCGAAGAAAUCAAGUCAAGUUUUAUUCAGCAAACUCUCAAUAAACUACCAAAUGAUCAUUCGAUACCAAACGGCGAAUUAGUGCGAAUCUUUUGUCGGCUGUUAGAUGCUCAAAAAACGAAUAAAACUAUUCAUCUGAAACUAAUUCGGAAAAUGUAUUAUUUUUAUCGACUGGGUGAAUGUCUAUGUAACGAUGGGGCUGUACCAUUGAUCGAUCAAAUUUUUUACUCAUUACAAAAACAGGACUUUUCCAAUAACAAUUUGAGCGAGAAGAUGCAAGAAGAUUGGAAAGAAUUUGUUUCAAGAAGUCUUUUCUCCCAAUUAAGCUGUGAUGGAAAUAAAUUAAACAAAUCAGAAACAAUGGACACUAUGAGAAGCAGCUAUCAACAAUUAUACAGACAUGCUGUACUGCGCUCUCAUGAGUCAACCAUUUGGUCACAAAUCUCGUGCGUUAUUGCACGAACAUUUCCUACCAUAUUCGACGUUUUUGCCACACCAGAAGAUCUACAACUACACCUAUCAGCUGCAGUUACACCUCCAGUUGCCUUCGACUAUGUCAACUUAUUAGCCCAGUCACUACAACGACAACCUGACUUGUUCAAAAGCAACUCUUCUCAUAUCUAUGCAGCCAUCGAACAGCUCGUCGUACACAACAAUAUCAAAGAAGCUGACUCUAUUCUUACCUAUGCCAUCGUGCAUCACUUUGGAUUAAUCACGAAUCACGAAGAAAUCAUUAACUUGUUCAUUCGUUUAUGCUCAACAGUUACUGNCGACUAUGUCAACUUAUUAGCCCAGUCACUACAACGACAACCUGACUUGUUCAAAAGCAACUCUUCUCAUAUCUAUGCAGCCAUCGAACAGCUCGUCGUACACAACAAUAUCAAAGAAGCUGACUCUAUUCUUACCUAUGCCAUCGUGCAUCACUUUGGAUUAAUCACGAAUCACGAAGAAAUCAUUAACUUGUUCAUUCGUUUAUGCUCAACAGUUACUGAUGUCGAAUGUCGACAUUCGUUUUGCAAGCUCCUCAUCGCACCAUUCAUAUACGAACUAGCCAAGAAGAAGCCGAGCAAGAAGCUGGCAGUGAGCUGUUUUGAUCUGAUUAUUGCCAUUGCUGAUCUGAAAGUGCCGGAAGCGCUUCCUUCUAUCAAACGUCUGGUCGCAAUUAGUGAGUUCUAUCCAUGGAAACAACUCGAUAAACAUCUCACUCAUCUUAUCCAAGUGUGCAGCGCAUAUGAUGAGGUGUCAGGCGACAAUAAGAACAAAGAUCUGUCGAUCUUAGCGGAUGUUCUCAAAGUAGUGCAUGAUCGAACAAAGACGAAUGCAUCGAUACUACAAGCAACACAUGAGCCAGCACUAGAAGCUGUGCUGAAAUGGACCUCGGGUAAGAAUGAAGCUGAUGGUGAAGGAUGUAGAGAAUAUGUCUACGAAAUGGGUAAAUUAAUGACUGAACUGGUUGAUGAGAAGCGGGUGAGCGCGGACACAUGCCGACAGUUAGUUGCGGUUCUUCAGAAACGUGUCAACGAUCUUGAUGGGGACUCAUAUGAAGUUAAUUAUGCCUAUGAGGGAUUUCUAUCGGCAGUAACAACUUUAAUAACAAGGUGCAUGAAGCAACUGAAAUCACUUCCGCUGACUUUACAUGAAGAUGUGGCAAGAUACUGUCUCUCAGCAUUGAAGUAUCCAUUACAUCGUGAAAAUGGAUCAGCAACAGUCGAAUAUCUUACAGCUCUGCUUCUAUGGUUUUCAGUAGGAGCAUGUCUUGGUAAUGAAGAUGAUGCUCGUGUAUAUGAAAAGUGUGCUGAUCGGCUAUUUGAAAUGGUCUACAAUGAAAAUGAAGAAAGUAUGCAUUCAUGGUGGAGUACAUACUGGAGCAUAGUUUUGAUGAAUUAUCCAAACGUUGCAGCUAAUCAUAGUGAACAGUUACUGCAAGAAAUCAUCGACCAUAAACAAAUAAUGCNAUGGUUUUCAGUAGGAGCAUGUCUUGGUAAUGAAGAUGAUGCUCGUGUAUAUGAAAAGUGUGCUGAUCGGCUAUUUGAAAUGGUCUACAAUGAAAAUGAAGAAAGUAUGCAUUCAUGGUGGAGUACAUACUGGAGCAUAGUUUUGAUGAAUUAUCCAAACGUUGCAGCUAAUCAUAGUGAACAGUUACUGCAAGAAAUCAUCGACCAUAAACAAAUAAUGCUAUUAGGAAUGCUCAUCAUUGUCUAUCCGAAAAAUCCACAACCAUUUCAUGAACGGCUCGACGAUCUCAUUCAUGCUCUCUUCGAUAACAAUGGUCAACAGCUUACCUCCAUCGCUUCUCUUCUCAACACCAUCUUCCGAGCAAACCCUCAACUCAUCACGCCCGCACAGAUCGACUACUUAUUCACUUCCAUCACUUCUCAUCAUCACAUCCCAUAUGCUUCAGAUUCUAUCUACCGACUACUUGCACUUGUUGCUAAUGCACAACCACAACUCUUCGACAAAUAUCGACAACAACUCAUCGAAGCAGCCUCGCAACAGCAAACAUACGAUGUGUUCAAUUGUCUGCACCAGUACGUGAUUGCCUCGAGCGUGCUGAAUGGUGAAGAAGCAGCUGGUGAUAAUCUCACUCUGCUGAUCGACUUGAUCAAAAACACAAAGACACUUUCAUCUGAUCUGUGCACCCAGAUAUUCCAGACGUGCCAGGCGAUUGGCAGUCGAUACAAGGCAGCUUUAGCGAAGAAGCGAGAAGAUCUUGUAUUGUAUGAGUCUAGUAAUUCGAUGUGUCGAACGCUGAUUGACAUGAUCGAUGGAAACAAGAUGAGUGAAGAACAACAGGCUCUAUUGAAUCGAACAGUUGAUGAAAUGACAGAAAUUGAAGCAAGAGUAGUUCAAACGGAAAAGACUGUCGACAAGGUCACGAAACUAGUGAAACGUCAAGAGCUACAUAUGACCAAUCUCGAUGCUCAUGUCAAUCAUAUCGACACACAAAUUACCGACCUUCACCAACAAGUCGACCUGCACGCGCGAGAAAUCGAACGCAUCGAUGCCAAGACACUCAGCUAUGUGCCAUCCGAAUGGGGACAUCAAGUUUGCCGACUUCUCAAUAUGACCAAUCUCGAUGCUCAUGUCAAUCAUAUCGACACACAAAUUACCGACCUUCACCAACAAGUCGACCUGCACGCGCGAGAAAUCGAACGCAUCGAUGCCAAGACACUCAGCUAUGUGCCAUCCGAAUGGGGACAUCAAGUUUGCCGACUUCUCAAUGUUCGUGCAGACAAUGAUUGGCGUCUGCUCGGCAAACGCUUCGGCUACUCAGCCAGCGAACUCAAACACUGGGCCAUGCAACUCGAUCCAUCCAUGUCACUGCUCAACGAAUGGUACAUGACACAUAAAGCAGACGAAGCCACCUAUGGAUUGCUAAAGAUGCUCGGCGACAUCGGCCGAUCAGAUGUCGAAGAUAUCAUUCGCAGUGCAAUGAGUGUAGCUGGUCAGCUCAUUCCCGACGAUCUCCCCAUCGACAUCAAACGACUGCCACCGGUGUUUCUCUCUUAUCAGUGGGGAUCACAAAAAGCUGUUACUCGACUGAAGUCACAUCUCGAGCAAGCUGGAUAUGGAUGUUGGAUGGACACGGGCGAGAUGGGCGGCGGUGACAAGCUAUUCGCCAAGAUUGAUGCAGGCAUUCGUGGGGCGAAAGUGGUGGUCUGCUGCCUGAACAAGAAGUAUGCACAAUCAGACAACUGUUCGCGUGAAGUUCAUCUGACGAUCAGCACGGGUAAACCGCUGAUUCCACUGCAGAUGGAAAAACAAACCUGGCCACCAGAAGGUGCACUCGGUCCCAUCAUGAGCGAGUAUCUCUACAUUCGCUUCUUUGAUCGCAAAGCUAACGACGAAAACUACUGGCCGGCAGACAAGUUCACUGAACUACUUGGUCAGAUUCGCUAUCAUGUCGCACCCGAUCCGGACAUGAUCAGUGACCAAUAUCGCAACUGGUUCGUGCCUCGUGUGGAUAAUCUCAUCUUUUUGCAGCCAACUGCGACCACCGAUAGUACAACAACAACGCCGGAUGAAAAGAAAGACAAAGAAGCAAAAGAGCAGAAGAAGAAGAAGAAGACAGGUGGCGACGACGACGACGACGACACCCCACUCGUUGUCACUCAUCCACAGAUCAUGAUCUCUUAUCAGUGGGACUACCAGAAAGAUAUUGUCGUCCUGUACAAGAAACUAACCAGACUCGGCUAUCGAUGUUGGCUAGAUAUUUUUCAGAUGGGUGGCGGUGAUUCGUUGUUCGAGAAGAUCGACACUGGUAUUCGACAUGCGAAGUGUAUUCUGUCGUGUGUCACACCCAAGUAUACAAAGUCGAUCAACUGUCGACGUGAAAUGGCGUUGGCUGACGCACUGCAAAAGCUGAUCGUUCCGAUGCUGAUCGAAGAGACGGGGUCGUGGCCGCCGGCUGGUCCGAUGUCGAUGGUGUUUGCGGAGCGAUCGUAUGUUGAUUUUCGACGAGAAGGUGAUGGACGAGAACGAUGGAGUGGAAAAGAGUUUGAAAUGGUGCUUGCCCGGCUAAAACAGGCGAUACCUGAAGUGGAGACAGCACAGCCACGUCGACAUAUUCUUGAAAUGCAGCGACCGAUGACCAGUAUGAAACGAGAGGAAAGAGAUAAGGGUAAAGAGAAGGAGAAGGAGAAGGAGAAAUUGAAGUUGAAGCGUGUGGGAAGUGCUCCGGUAAUUGCUCAAAGUCGAGCAUGUUCGAUAAUGUAA